GCGGGGUUAUGGAAGUUUUAUGACAGUCGCCUGACCGGAUGGGAAAAGUUGUCGGUUUUUUCCGUUAUUUUUCAGCAUUAGGUUCAGUAACAUCAGUAUUUCUAUAAACUUUUCCACACAGCAGUGUUUUCUGAACUACACUCAGGCUUUAUAAUGCGUUUAUAACGCUGGACUGUAGGUCAGGAGAAGGUUUAGCAGCUGCAGUGUGGGUUUAUUGGGACAGAGCUGGGAGAAAGUUGCUGAGGGCAGCAUGGGGAACCGCGGCAUGGAGGAUCUCAUCCCUCUCAUCAACAAGCUCCAGGACGCCUUCAGCUCCAUCGGCCAGAGCUGCAACCUCGACCUGCCGCAGAUCGCCGUGGUGGGCGGCCAGAGCGCCGGCAAGAGCUCCGUGCUGGAGAACUUCGUGGGCAGGGAUUUUCUUCCCCGAGGUUCUGGUAUUGUGACUCGUAGACCCCUCAUCCUUCAGCUGGUCAACCACAAAGCAGAAUAUGCCGAGUUCCUGCACUGUAAAGGUCGGAAGUUUGUCGACUUUGACGAGGUGCGGCUGGAGAUCGAGGCCGAGACGGACCGCAUCACCGGCUCCAAUAAAGGAAUCUCACCCAUUCCCAUCAACCUGAGAGUGUACUCUCCUAAUGUGCUGAAUCUGACUCUGAUUGAUCUUCCCGGUAUGACGAAGGUUGCCGUCGGCGACCAGCCGCCAGAUAUCGAGUUCCAAAUAAGGGACAUGCUGCUGCAGUUCAUCACGAGGGACAGCUGUCUGAUUCUGGCCGUCACUCCUGCCAACACCGACCUCGCCAACUCCGACGCGCUCAAGAUCGCCAAGGAGGUCGACCCCCAGGGUCUGCGCACCAUUGGUGUGAUCACCAAACUGGAUUUGAUGGAUGAGGGGACAGAUGCCCGAGAUAUCCUGGAGAACAAACUGCUGCCUCUGCGUAGAGGCUACAUUGGCGUGGUGAACCGCAGUCAGAAGGACAUCGAUGGCAGGAAGGACAUCCGCGCUGCUCUGGCAGCCGAGAGGAAGUUCUUUCUGUCUCACCCUGCGUACAGACACAUGGCCGAGAGGAUGGGAACUCCGUACCUGCAGAAAACACUCAACCAGCAACUGACGAAUCACAUCCGCGACACGCUGCCCAGCCUGCGCAGUAAACUGCAGAGUCAGCUGCUCUCUCUGGAGAAGGAGGUGGAGGAGUACAAGAACUUCAAACCUGAUGAUCCAACACGCAAAACUAAAGCCCUGCUGCAGAUGGUGCAGCAGUUCGGAGUGGACUUUGAGAAGAGGAUCGAGGGUUCUGGUGAUCAGGUCGACACUCUGGAACUUUCUGGAGGAGCUCGAAUCAACCGCAUCUUCCACGAGCGCUUCCCCUUCGAACUCGUCAAGAUGGAGUUUGAUGAGAAAGAACUGAGGAGAGAAAUCAGCUACGCAAUUAAGAACAUACAUGGUGUGAGGACGGGCUUGUUCACCCCAGACCUGGCGUUCGAGGCCAUAGUGAAAAAGCAGAUCGUUAAGCUGAAGCAGCCAUGUCUCAAAUGCGUGGACCUGGUCGUGUCCGAACUCUCUGCUCUCACCCACAAGUGCAUGGAGAAGCUGAGUUCAUAUCCUCGACUGAGAGAAGAGACCGAGAGGAUCGUCACCACCUACGUCAGAGAGAGGGACAGCAAGACUAAAGAACAGGUGAUGCUGUUGAUUGACAUCGAGCUCUCCUACAUCAACACCAAUCAUGAGGACUUCAUUGGUUUUGCGAACGCCCAGCAGAGUUCCGCUGUCACCAAGAAGAGAGCCGUUCCCAACCAGGUGAUCAGGAAGGGUUGGCUCACGAUCAACAUCAGCAUAAUGAAGGGUGGCUCUAGGGACUACUGGUUCGUCCUGACUGCCGAGUCACUGUCCUGGUACAAGGACGAGGAGGAGAAAGAGAAGAAGUACAUGCUCCCGCUGGAUAACUUGAAGAUGAGAGAUGUGGAGAAAGGCUUCAUGUCCACCAAACACACCUUCGCUAUCUUUAACACUGAGCAGAGGAACGUGUAUAAAGACCUGCGUCAGAUCGAGUUGGCGUGCGACUCUCAGGAGGACGUGGACAGCUGGAAGGCCUCGUUCCUGAGGGCAGGAGUGUAUCCCGAGAAAGACCAGGUGGAGAAUGGUGAGGGGGCUCCAGCAGACACCUUCUCCAUGGACCCUCAGUUGGAGCGACAGGUGGAGACGAUCCGGAACCUCGUCGACUCCUACAUCGGCAUCGUCAACAAGAGCAUUCGAGAUCUCAUGCCCAAGACCAUCAUGCACCUCAUGAUCAACAGCGCAAAGGAGUUCAUCCACUCUGAGCUGCUGGCGUUCCUGUACUCGAGCGCGGAUCAGAACGUGCUGAUGGAGGAGUGUGCUGAUCAGGCUCAGCACCGAGAAGAAGUGUUGAGGAUGUACCACGCCCUUAAGGAGGCCCUCAGCAUCAUCAGUGACAUCAGCACCACCACUAUCUCCAUCCCCCUGCCCCCACCUGUGGAUGACACCUGGAUCAACGUGGAGCCCGGUCCUCCUGCUCAGGUGAAGCCUCCAAGCUCCGCCCCUCCUCCUGGUCGUCCUCCUGCAGUGAGAGGUCCCACCCCUGGUCCUCCUCCAGGCUCCGUUCCUCCACCAAUGGCUCCACCAAUUCCAUCUCGGCCCGGUCCUCCACCUGUGAAUGCUUAUGGGGGAGUGGCUCUGGAGCCAAGCUCCGCCCCUCCACCACAGAUUCCCUCUCGACCUGCCCGAGUGCCCCCUUCCAUACCACCUGGAAUCCCCAGAAGACCUCCAGCAGCUCCAAACAGGCCAACCAUCAUCCGCCCGUCUGAGCCGUCCCUGCUCGACUAAACACACACAUACAUACAGUACAUACAGAGAUAAAACAACAUGGCGUGUGUGUACACGCGUACUGAUACGGCUAUCCAUCCCUCAUUUGUCAUUCUAGUAGAAACACAGAAAACACUCAGUCACAUGUUCGUAAAGUUAAUUGAGUUGUAUUGGUUGUAUGUCCAUAGAGGCAACGUUAUUACUCUGUAUGUUUCAUUUUCUUAUUAUAACAAAGCAGUUAGCUAUUUCAGGAAUAACCCACACACCAGCGAUGCUAGCUAUCUAAUGCUAAUUCUGUGGUGGACAACACCAACUAGGAUUGAUUCGAGGAAUUUAAUUUACGUAAAAUUAAGAAAAACUCAACCAGGUCAGUUGACUAAAGGUUUCGAUAUUUCGUAUAUUUGACUUAAGCACAUUCUAAUAGUCGUAUUACAGCUACAGGGUUCAAAACAGUCAUAUCUGAUACUCAAUAAGAACUCUGUAUUCAAAAACGUCUUUGUUUUUUUUACGUUCGUUAUAGUUGUUUUUUUCUUUUUUAAUCCAUUUAUUCAAAUUGUUUCGUGAACACCAGACAGCAUAGUGUAUCUGUUUCCUAAUGUGCGUUAAAGAAAAUGAACGUUUACAGAUAGAAUGUUAACUCUAAUUAGCAGAAAAAGGUGCUAGGUUUCAUCUUAUAAGGUUUGUGCUAAUAAUCAGUUGUACGAUAUUUGCUAAUAUAAUACACCUUGCUAAUCGCUAACAUACUAACACUAAUUAGGGACCCAAACUGGAAAGUGUUUUGCUUUAAACCGUGCCUUAAAUAUGACACUCCCUUAUGUACAAGCGUCUUUUAUACAGAUUUAAAUCUUCACUUCUGAUGUGUUUGUACGUAUUUAUAUAUGCACUUUGAUGCGCAUCGUACGCUCUAAUAAGUAUGCUGGGAGAAAAAACUUUAAGGUUGGAUUAAUUUCCUGCUAAAAGCUGCAAGUAAAUGCGUCAAGGAGAUUAUAAUUUAAUUAAUUACAAAAUUAGUUUAUAAUAGAAUCUGUUUCACGAGUGCAAUAUGAUACAGCUACGAAACCUAAUUUAUAUCUUUACCUGUUCAUGCUACGAAUUUUCAAGCUACAUUUAUGAAUCACAAUACCAGAGCGCAUGAUUACAAUUUUGAGGGGUGGGGCCAGUGAGAAAGAAGUGGGCGGGGCCAAGUGCGUGAAUAACUGCAAAGAGCUUAGAAAAGUUUCUACGAGUCGUGACUACAAAUUGUAACAUAAAACGAUGACGUGUGUGUGACGUGAAUGUGAGUAUCGAUUCAUCAGCGUCGCAUCCGAUCUGCGUAAACACGUUGCAGAUUUACAAAAGUGAUUCGAUUCGAUUUAAUUGUGAUUCGUUAAAGUACCGUUUUGUUGCCGCAGAUGCAAUUACAGGAACUCGGCUUUAUAUGUGACGCUGAAUUUCAGCAUCAUGAUCGUGCAAAUAUUUGUUAGCUAACACACUAACGCACCAGCCAUGUGCUAACAUUAGAUAAUUAGCUAGCUACCUUCAUCACUACAUGAGCGAAGUGUGCAUGUAACUUGCUGCCUAGCGUUAGUUAGAUAGUUAGCUAGCUUUGUUCUUUGUGAUAAGACCCUAGCAGUGUUAUUGUCGUGAUUAUAAAAUUGAAAUAACACAGAAAAGUCCGCUACGCCGACACUCUGUGCGUGAUUUUUAACUCGCAUUUAACUGCCGUGCGUUUUUAAGCCAAGUAAUUUUAUCGCUUUGGAUGGGAUAUUAGAUUAGCGAUGGGGUUCGGAGCGUUAAAAAUGGAUAUUACUUUACUUCAUUACUCCACCUUAAUUUUCUUAUAUAUAGUUCAAUAGUUAUAUAAAUUCUAUAUAGUUCCAUUUUGCCAUAUUCUUGUGUAUGCAUUUUAUUAUUAUUAGUUUUUUUUUUUUUUAAUUUUUCAGCUUGAACACAUCCUGUGGCUGGUUUUUAUUUUUAAAUCUUUUUUUUUUUUUUAAUUCUUUUUUUUAUGAAUAUUUUGUACUUUGACCAUCUGUGCCUUGUUCUGACGUUAUAAGUGCCUGCUUUAUAAUAAUGUUCCUCAAUGAUGCUGAUAAAUGCAAUAAUAAAAAAAGGAGGCAAUGGGAAAUUAAUAAAAAAGGGAAUUUAACUCA